ACACAACAACAACAAACAUAAUGGCGGGUCGGGAAUCGCAUCGCAUUAAGGAUGCGGAGAAGAAACGUGUGCUGGAUGAAGCAGCGAGACAGCGGCGUGCGCGCAAAGCUCUAGAGGCUCUGGAGCAAGAUAAUUUUCAAGAUGAUCCACAUGCCGAUCUUGUGAUGUCCAAGAAGCUACCCAAGUUCCAGGAUAGCAUUAAAAACAGUAAGGAGAAGAAGGGUAAGCGAAAAGGCGCUGAAUAUUUUCGUGCCAAAUAUCGCAAAACAUUUCAACAACUUCUCGAAGAGGACAACAAACAAAAACCUAACUAUGUGAGUGCCUCAGCUCCAGAGCCCAAGAAACCAGUGCGCCACUUCUGUGCCGUAUGCGGCAACUUUUCGAUAUAUUCUUGUACAGCAUGCGGCACGCGUUACUGUCGCAUACGUUGUCUACGAACUCAUCAGGAUACCCGCUGUUUAAAAUGGACUAGCUAACAGUUACAAUUUCUAAAUACCUACAUAUAUACAUUAAGUUUAAGUUGAUUAAAUUAAUUGAAGCAUCAAAAUAACAGAAGUUCUAUAUUGGUCUGCCGCCACAAAAAUCAGUGGAUAGAGUUGCCAAACGAAAAUUAGUAUUUUUUAAACUUAAAGUACCAGCCACCAUAUAUUGGACUGCCACCACAAAAAAGCUCACAGAGUUGCACAAAACGAAAGUAGGUAUUUUUGAGCAUAUGACUCUUGGCAACACUCGUGUAAAAGUUGUUGUUGAUUGGAGUUGCGUCGAACUUGUGCGGCAGAUUUUAUUUGAAUAUU